GAGUAAAGUCCGGUUUGGAUGCGCCAAAAAUUGUAUCCUACUUAUCUCUACUUACUACUACUACUACACUUUGUUCCGGUACGCAUUAUGAAAGUGGAUAUGAUCGACUUGUUCUGUGUCUGUGUAUUGGUUGACUGCACUAUUUUGCACCAUCUUUCAGUAUUCCGAUGAUUAUACCUUUUGUUUGUGUUUGUAUGGACGGGUAUGUAACGUUUGGAACGUUUUUUUGGUUUUCUUUUUUUUCAAUAUUUCACAAGCAAAUGAACGGUUUUGGGUUUUUUUUCUUUUUAUUAUAGAACUGUGUGCAAAAACAAAAACAAAACCAUUUCACAAGAUUGGUAAAAGCAAAUGGAAAUGUGUUUUUCUAGGUGUUUUCUUUUCUGUUAUUUGUUCUGUAUUUUGUUUAUCGGUUUGAUUGUGUUUUUUUUUGUUUAUACGCAAUGAUUUAGUUUUGCUCUGUGGCAUUUUGGACAUGACAGUUUUGUGAUACAUGAUGAAUGUCAUUUUGCUAGCCUGCUCACGCAAAUAUCAAUAUAAAUAUAUAAAUAUAAUACACACUCGGAAAUAACAAAAAAAAACAACAAAACCUCUUCUGCAUACUGCAUACUUUCGGUUAUGGUUCACCACUACCCAAGUUCCGUUCCGUUUUGAUCAGUUUCUGUUCCUUUUUUCUAUUCUUCCCCCGCAAUUUUUGGCUAACGGUCUUGAUGAGUGAUGCUGAAGACGAUGCCCGUUCUGCGGACAUUCGGCAAUCACGUAGCAUAGCGGGAGCGCGACCUGCCCGUAUCCCCGGUGUUGCCCCCGGCCGCAACGGCAUCUGGCGGUGCCGGCAGUCGCGCAAGUGGUAGUGGUAUUGGUGACGGUGACACCCAUCACGACAUUUACUACUAUCAUCCGCGGCACGACUGCCAAAGCCACAGCCUCGAACAUAGCUACGAUAGCGAACACAAAAAAGCACACAAACAACAGCAACAGCAACACAAUCACUAUGCCACCUAUCACUAUACGGGCAAAUCUGGCCACCAUCAUCCACCUCACCAUCAUCACCAGUACAUGUACAACAGCAACAACAACAACAACAACCCCAACAACCCCAACAACAACAACACUAACCACCCCAACCAAGCGAAUGGCAUCGGUAAUGGCGUCGUCAGCAAUCAUUCGAAAGGUCGCUCGAAAGCUUCGUCACAUGCGAAGCGCAACGAGUACGAACGUGGCCCGUCCGCGAACGGUAAUACCACUGCACCCAACACUACCACCACCGCGGCGAGUCACCACGGUGCCGGAAGUCCAGCCGGUACCGUGGAGCUCGCCGUCAAGCCGGCCAAGUCAGGCCGCAAGCUGAGCUGCGAGCUGUUCGAAUCUCCCAACUACGGUGACCCGAAACCAAGCACCAAGCACACGAAAAGCAAAUCACAAUCACAAAUGUUGCUUCUGCCAACACCAACCAACACCGCGACACUGCCCGCACACAUGCUCUCCACGGCACCGGCACACGCUCCUUCCUUUCACCGCCCGUCGACCGGUUCCGCCCGGUCCGAUUCGCGCGAAAGUUCUCCCACCUCUCCAUCGCCGCCUCCGCUUCCACCUUUACCACUCGGUGGACAUUUGCCACAUAUCGGGGCAACGAAUGGUGGUGGUGGUGGUGGUGGUAAUGUUGCCAAACAACAGCAAAGUGUGCAAAAUGGCAAACAAACAUCACCGGCACAAUCGCCCACGAUCGCCAGACGCUAUCAGGCGAAUAAUAAUGCAAAUAAAUCACACUACUACCACCAACACCAUCAGCAACCCCAAACGUCACCACUAACGCCACCGGCAAUGCAACAACAGCAGCAGCAACAAUCACACUACACAAAAAAACACACUCAGAAACAUCAGCAACAGUCGCCGGUAAAUAAUAGUGGCAAUGGGCACGGUAGCAGUCGGGCCAGUUAGUUGCAGAACCAGCAAGUGACAGAUACUACAAAGCAGGCAAGACCAAUUGACCGGGGAUGAACGAUGGACGAAUUGCAAAUGGAAGAAACAUGCUUGAAGAUGGGGAACUGAACGGAACAGGGUGAACGGUGGCAAAAUUGUGAAAACGCCAACGAUCAAACGAGAUCUCCAUUCCAAAUGGAGGCAAAUCACAAUAUGAGUAGUAGUGGCACAAUGAAAAACGGGGGGAAAAUACAUGAUGGUCAAUUUCUCUGGUGCAUUGGUGCAACAAUUGUGUUGUGCACGGACAGUAGGGACAGACCCAGAGACCCAGAGAAAGAGAGAGAAAGUAAGAAAACAGAAGCACCAAAAACAUACUUCUUUGUACAGUGUUACACACAAGUGGUCGCUUCUGGCUAAGUCCUUCGGAUUGUACCAAUAGCACGAUUCCCGUACCACUUCCCGAAAGGGACACUUUUGCUUACCGUGGUACUACUGUGGUGGCCUGUGGUAAAUGCGUUGUUCCAUCGUUUGUUUGCAAUGGUUCGAAACAGUCCUGCCAGAGCUGGAAAAAGACCUGGACACAGAGUAUUUUCCGAUUGCCGAGAGUGGACAGCUUCCCGAGACAAAGUGUAGUGAGGAAUAAGUUUUGGAAGGAUAAUCUUGAAAGUGGGACACCAACAACAACAAAUAAAAAAAAAACGUAUAUACUCAGACAUACAUACACAUACACAGAGAAAAGUAGUUGACAAACAGAAGAAGCAGAGAUGUAAUAUUUACAUACACUCAUCGGUGUGCUAUAAAAACCAGACUCUACAACAAAGGCAACAUGAUUUAUGAGUACAUUAGGAAUGUGUAGAUAAUCGUUUCAGACAAAAUGGAACUGAAGAAUGGAGGCGCAUAUGAAAAAACAAACAAACAAACAGAAAAAAAACACACACACACGUACACGCGUAAUAAUGGCAAAUUAUGGCACUGCUUGGUUGGUUUGCUUACACGGCAAAGGUGGACAUCCGGUAUCCUUCUUCCCACAGUUUCCGAUUUUCCCAAAAAAAAACCCCUGAUUACGCAGUAUGUCUUAAGCGCAGUUUUCUUGCAUUCUAAAAUCAUCAACACACAUCACGUCAACGGUGAACAAUUAGGGACAAAUCAAUGGUUCGCUAAUCAACCGUAGUACAAUGGCGUCACAUUAAUGGCACACGCAAAAACACUUUACUCUUUUAAAAUGUUUAAAAUAUUGCAUCGUAACGGACAAAGCACAAAGCUUCACCACGUGGUGGCAGAUGCAAUUCUGCUGAAUACAAACGCUUAUCAUCUCACGAUCAUGUUGUUUCACUAACCGUUACAUUUAUCAUUCGAUUUUUUUUAAUUUAUUUUUAUUACUUUAAUUUCUUUUUAUUUUAAAUAUUUUGGUUUUAAAUAUGUUUGCUACGUUAACAUUUAUUUCAUGUGAAAAGACUGUAGAUUAAAAUUAAUAAUUAAAAAUUUUAGCACACGCAUAGUCUUCCUUUGAAUGGCAUUAAAGGCAAGCCAUAAAAGACAGACAUCAAUGU